AAAAGAAGAAAACACAAAUGAAAAAAAAAAUAGUAGCGAUUGCCAAGUAGAAAAGAAAAACAAAAGCUUGGCAGUGAGUGAAACAUGCUAUCCAGCUGCCAAGAAUGAAUGACAAUCAGUGGACAUGAAAAUACAAUUAAAAUCAAUGCAACUUUAAUUGAGUUGUCUUUUUUUUCCAUUACAUAUAUUUUGGUAUAUUUUCUAUAGCACAGAUUGUUGUAUUUCCUACUUUUUCAUACAGCUAUAAAUUCUAGCACAAUGGAUUUCCUUUCCCCUACCCAUUUUUACAGUGCUGAGUACAUUAUUUAGAACCAAAUGAUGAUUUCAGUUAUUCCUGCUCAUUAGACUAUACAGCAGUAAGUUAUUCUCCAGCUUUGGAAAGGAACGGGCUUGUUUCAUAUCCAGAGGUUGUGGUUGGACUUGAUGAUCUUAAAGGUCUUUUCCAACCUGAGCGAUUCUAUGUUCUAUGUUUUAUGCAGGGACUGAAGCAAUGACAGUGAGGUGUGCGUGCAGAUGGAGACAAGGCAGUGGGCAUGGGGAGGGUAAGGUUCAGCUGCUCUGAACGCACAGUGUACAGCCUGUCCUCCCCACGGACAAAAGCAGCAGCAGGAGUGAAAGCUGACCGAUGGCUGGAGGGGCCCCCUUUCGUGCUCACUGUGCCGUGCCAACUGCAGAGCAGAUGCAGACUGAGCAGAUGGAGCAGGUUGCUGUGCCUGCUAGAGUGCGGUGCUCAGGGAAAAGUGCCAGCCUCCCGGAGCACUUACCUGCUCACAGGGUGUAUUUGCUCUACUGUGUUCAGAUGACCCACAUUACCUCAUGGGAGAACACAAAGUGGAAGCAGGAAAGAGUGUGGGAUUGCACCGGAUGCAGCAGGUGUGUGAAAGUGGCAGAAAGGCUGAUUCACAGCCCCACGGGCUGGGAAAGCCCCACCUGUGAGCGGCAGCAUCGCAGCUAUGGAAACCCCAGAAUCUUAAUGCAGGCUUCUAGGAACCACUGUAGUGCAAGGGACAAUACUGCUAAAUUUACUGAUAAAUUAAUGCUAACAUUUUUAACGUUCCAUUGGAAGCAAUCCAAGGCUUUGAGACCCAGAUUGCAGUAGUAUGCUUACAAUUGUAUGCAAGAUGAUGCUCUUCACUGAUGCAACCGGGGUGUUCAAUAUGAUGACAGCCUUGUUUCAGUUCUGUUACUUCUCUAUCUACGAUAGUCUUAAUUGUCAGUCUUUUUGCAAUGAAGUGCAAAGUCUAUUUCACCCCUUAUCAUUAGAAGAAAAAAUCUUAGUUCCUUCAUAGACAGUUCAACAAUUCAUGCAAAAUCAGCUUCUGCAGGUACUGCCUAAAACCUUGCUGCUCCUCUUCUGUUUAGUUGGAAAUAAUAAUAAAAAAAAAACAACACAGCCUUACCACAUUUUGUGAGGAAGUUUAGAAUAUAAUUUCCAUAUUCAUAUCCAUACCUAAGACUUUCUUAAGAACAUGUUCUCCACUGAUUAGAUGAUAAUUCAGACAUAGUUCUCGAGACUAGCUAACACAAGGCAGAGGCAUGUAUGAAUACUGUGCUCAUAAGCGCACUCUGCAUGUGUGAGUGUUGGUGUCAGGCAUGAUAAAAAGCCCUGAAGAACUCUUCAUUUUGGAAAAGCUUGACUCAAACCCCCAUUAGCCUUGAUAGAACAGUUCUGAGCAUUGCUUGGUACACUUCCUGAAAACUGUGGCAUUGGAAUCCAGGGGUUUGCUUGUAUAAAAUUUGGGUCUUAAUCUUCCAUCUUUUUUGAUAUUUUUCUUUUUGUCUAGCAGUCUCAUUAGAGAAAACACACCAGGAGAUGUAUGCUGGGCUUCUUUAAUCACUGGCAAAAUGGUUCCUUAUGACAAAAGGGUGGGAUGGAUGAUGAGGGAAUGGGUUGGCAAAGCACCGCGGGCCUUCAACAUGCAAGGUGUUUUUCUCUUGUAGAUAACACUUACGUUUCCAGUUCUGAUAAUGAUGAAGAUGUAUUAGUUACAACAGAGCCAAUUCCAGUAAUUUUCCAUCAAAUUGCUACAGAAUUAAGAAAAACCAGUGAUGUCAACUAUUGCUUAUCCAUUAAAGCAAAAUUACAGAGGGAGAAUGGAGAGGAGUCACAGCACAACAGCACACUUGAAGAAGACUCUGAAGGAGAUAAUGAUUCUGAGGAAUUUUAUUACGGAGGACAGGUUAGCUAUGAUGGAGAACUUCAUAAACACCCACAGCUGGAAGCUGAUUUGAUAGCAGUGAGAGAGAUCUAUGGACCUAACGCAGUAUCUCUCAGGUUGAAAUCAGGAUGUGCCAUUUCAGCAGAGUAA